UCUAAAAAAAUACCACCGCGAAAAAAAGGAAAAUAAUAUUAUCUGUUCUGUUCCUCUGCUGAGCAAUUAAGCAAAAUCAUAUUCCAAUUAGAUUAGAAACUUUUCAUUUGCCCAUAUAAAAAUGCGCUUCGUUCAGCACUUCAAUUAAUCGAGUUAUUAUUCCCACUAUUUUAAUUUUAAACCCUAACAAAAACCCAGCAAUUUUGUUUGCUGAAACAAUUGAACUCUUAAGAUUUUCACGGAGAUGCUUUCUGCUGCUACUGGGUCAACUUCAUUCAGGGAGCUUGUUUCUUUGAUGGUUUUUCUGUACCAAUGUGGAUAGCUGGGAGGGGAGUGACACUGUGAGAGUUUGUCAGAUCCAGUGUAUGAAAAGGCGCGUCUAGGCGAUAGAGGGCAAGCGUUUUUUUUGUUCUAGGCGAGGCACAUUCAAAGGGGCGCACCGAAGCGUGGCCAAGCACAACAAGACCCCUUUCACCUUGGUGUGCCUUGAGCUUUUUUAUACAUUGGUCAAACCAGGGGGAAUAUCUCUACGUGUGCUUUUGACAUCUUAUUACUUCUCUUUUCUCUUUUGUAGGAUAUAUAAGUAUGUUUUUGAAAAUGUAGGAGCUUGGGAGGGGUUUCAGCGUUCUAACAACUUAAUAUCAGCUCAUCAUGAGUUCCUCUGCAGUGACUUGUAAGAUACAGAGUAUGGUGAAGUCUUACAAAAACCCCUCUCACAGUCAGCAAUCAAUAAAAUUCGGGGCUAAACCACUUAAGGGUCCUUGCGUUGAGAUUGCUGAUGAAAGUGAUGUACACAUUUCAUCAAAUGACAACAACCAUGCAAGGGAAAACUUGACAUCACAGUCUCCUGAGAUUCUGAGUACAAAUGAUCUCAUAUCCGCAGUGGGACACAUAUGGGAUUGUGCUAGUCGCUCUCUUGCACGUAACCAACCGAAAGCAAGCUUUGACCGCUCAGGCACUAUUUGUCAAAAGGAAAAUGAUUCAUGUUUACUGGCUGGGAAUGAUAAUUUUAGCCUAGUUAAUUCCUUAGACAGCAGAUGCCUUCAUGUUGACUUAAACUCUACCAGCUAUUUUUCGUGCAUCAUGCAUCGAAGUUUGAAGUUCGUUAGAGCAACUCGGAGAACGCAUUAUAUCCUAUGUAAUGACCAUUUUGUUGAUAAUUUUUUUUCGAGAAGAGAAAAUGAUAGUUCCGUUAAGAAUGAUGUCUGGUUGAAAGGGAAGACUCUUACAAACGUUGGAACUCUUUACAGCUUAAUGAAUAGAUAUGGAUGGAUGAGCCAAAUUUCAAUUUCACCAAAGCUUCCUAUGCCUGUGUCCUAUGAGGCCAAGAAGAUUAUUGAGGCCUUCGCCUCCAAGGCUGUUGUCCGUCAUUAUUGUCCCGUAUCAGGAAAUGAAGUGAGUUCUAGCAAUGCGGAGACUGGAAAUAUUGAGAUGUGUGUUGAUACACCCAACUUCAAGGAUCUAUCCUCUGGUGGAAGUGAUGAAACCAUGCAUAGAAAAGCAUCUGAGUCCUUUUUGUAUACAGAGAAUCUCCUUCUUGGGGUCCAGAAAAAACAUUUUGCAGCCAGUAUGCCUAUGGCUUUGAGUUUGGAACUGCAUCUGGAUGACCAUGUGAGCACUUCAGCUCCAGAUUCUACUCAUGAGCCAACUAAGCUCAGUGUGGAGGGCGAUCAUUGCACGGAGAAUGAAAUGAGAAUAUGUGAGAAUAUCAAUUCUCAACAGAAAUAUCAAAGUGAGAGCUGCUCAGCUGUAACAAACAAGCCUCAUCCAUUACUAGCUAAACAAGAGCAUGCUGUUUCAGGCGCCUUGGCUGGCAUAGUUGUUAGUCUAUGUUUACAUCCAAUAGAUACAAUUAAAACUAUCGUUCAAUCUUGUCAACCUGGACAGAAAUCUAUUUGUUACAUAGGGAAAACAGUACUUUCUGAGAGAGGAUUACCUGGACUAUAUCGUGGAAUAACUAGCAACGUCACCACAUCUGCACCUAUUUCUGCCAUCUACACCUUCACAUAUGAAUCAGUGAAGGAAUUCUUGCUUCCAUCUGUUGCAAAGGAAUAUCAGUCUGUUGCUCAUUGCACUGCAGGUGGUUGUGCAAGUAUAGCUACAUCAGUUGUGUUUACUCCCAGUGAGCGUAUAAAGCAGCAGAUGCAAGUCAACUUAAAGUAUCAAAACUGCUGGAAUGCAGUGCAGAGAAUCAUCGACACUGGAGGUCUACGUUCUCUGUACACUGGUUGGGGUGCUGUACUCUGCAGGAAUGUACCACACUCAAUCAUCAAAUUUUACACAUAUGAAAGCCUGAAGCAAAUGCUUAUGUCAUCACAACCACACAAUAAACAACCUAGUACUUCGCAAACGCUGUUAUGUGGAGGACUGGCUGGAUCAACUGCUGCUUUGUUUUCUACUCCAUUUGAUGUGGUGAAAACCAGAUUACAAACUCAGAUUCCUGGAUCUACACAGAGAUAUCGUAGCAUUCUUAACGCCCUUCAAGAUAUCCAGGAGCAUGAAGGUUUUAGAGGCCUUUACAGGGGCUUGAUUCCGAGGCUUGCUAUGUAUAUGUCCCAAGGAGCAUUGUUUUUUGCUUCAUAUGAAUUUUUGAAGAGUUUUUCACGAAAAUCAGAGAUGUUGCAGCAUAAACAGGAUAGCAAUGACGAUCCACUAUUGUCAUUAUGAGCAUUACAAGAUUGAAACUCAUUCAUUCAUUUGUUUAUCUGUUUGACAGAGUGGUACACUCAUUUUUGCUCAAAGAUGUAAAUCAAAUUCACUGCUUCACCGAGUUCAUAUAUAUAAUAGAGUGAGCUUUGGAAGUUACAUUCACAAUUUUAUUGUAUAGAUUCUGUACAAAAUGUAAAACUCCGAGAGAAAUGUUGUACACCGGCGUAUACUUGAGCAAGCAAGAGUCCUAUUUUUGUUCAGAGCAAGUAAUUGCAUAUUGCAAGUUGAAA